AUUGUGCAUGUCUCAUGUGACAGGUUCCAAUUUCUUUUUAAAGUUAGUUCAAUUGGAAAUCUCCUUGCUACCCUGGAUCUCUGAAGAGAGCACAGCAAGUCAUUGGCACUACUAUGGGAACACCUGCUGGUUCUGUUCUAACGAAAUGGCUGGUCUGGGCGCUUCUGGUGUGCUCCUCCACAGUGGCACAGCUGCACAGAGACCCUACCCUGGACCACCACUGGCAUCUCUGGAAGAAAGCCUACAGCAAGCAAUACAAGGAAAAGAAUGAAGAAGCAGCACGGCGUCUCAUCUGGGAGAAGAAUCUGAAGUUUGUGACACUUCACAACUUGGAGCAUUCCAUGGGAAUGCACUCAUAUGACGUGGGCAUGAACCACCUGGCAGACAUGACCAGCGAAGAAGUGGUGUCUUUGAUGAGUUCACUGAGAAUUCCCCACCAGUGGCCGAGAAACGUCACUUACAAGUUAAACCCCAAUCAGAAGUUGCCUGAUUCUGUGGACUGGAGAGAGAGGGGGUGUGUCACUGAAGUGAAAUAUCAGGGUUCUUGUGGUGCUUGCUGGGCCUUCAGUGCCGUGGGGGCUCUGGAAGCACAGCUGAAGUUGAAGACAGGAAAUCUGGUGUCUCUCAGUGCACAGAAUCUGGUGGAUUGCUCAACUGCAAAGUACGGGAACAAAGGCUGCAAUGGUGGCUUCAUGACGGAGGCGUUCCAAUACAUCAUCGAUAACAACGGCAUCGAUUCAGAAGCUUCCUAUCCCUACAAAGCCAUGGAUCAAAAGUGCCAUUAUGACUUAAAACAUCGUGCUGCCACCUGUUCAAAGUACACGGAACUUCCCUUUGGCAGUGAAGAGGCCUUGAAAGAAGCUGUGGCCAAUAAAGGACCUGUGUCUGUGGCUAUAGAUGCAAGUCACUCUUCUUUCUUCCUCUACAGAAGUGGUGUUUAUUAUGAACCAUCCUGUACUCAGAAUGUGAAUCAUGGCGUACUAGCAGUUGGCUAUGGUAACUUUAAGGGAAAAGACUACUGGCUUGUGAAAAACAGCUGGGGCAUCCACUUCGGUGAACAAGGAUAUAUUCGGAUGGCAAGAAAUAGUGAAAAUCAUUGUGGGAUUGCUAGUUAUUCCUCUUACCCAGAAAUCUAAAGAAUCUCUCCGUGUUAUGACAAAUCAAGAAUGAUGAAGCACUUCUCUUAAUUUUACCUGCUGCAUCCAGAAAAAAUGAGUGUGUCGUGAUCAAUGAAUAUAUUAACUAGAAAAUAUAGCUUGACUUUUCACUUUCUAAACUUAGCAGAUCUCAGAAAGAAGUUUGCUAAGUAAUUAAUAAAGUACUGUAGAUAAAACUAUAUGAGAAUUGGUCAACCUAAGACAACCUGUUGUAUUUGUUCUUGUUUUAUUUUCACUCUAAGUCUCCUAACAGCCUUUUGUAACUUGAUGGCCUAGAAGUACUUAAUAAAUCUGUCAUUUCAAAUUUC